ACCAAUACGGUAACCCAUCACCAUUGCCGCCCCUGGGCCCGCCCCUUCUGGCUGGCUGAGCACACGCCUAGAGGGCAGUCGUUCUCGCCGCUCCGGUCACCCCGCCUGGCCAGCCCCGCCGUUGGCCGUCCAUCGACCGCAUUUCCAGCCCUUGUGGCGACCCCACGACCACCUCCAUUUCAUGCGAGCCCCGCCUCCCCUGCCGCCCACUCAGGCCCCUCCGAUGGAGAGCGGGCAGACGGCCGGGCUAGUGUGGGCCAAAUCCUGGGACGCCAUGACGGAUCCGGAUCCCGCCCACUUUGACCCGGAGGACUCGAGAUUUGAUGAUUCGCAAUCCGAAGCCUCGGAGGACUGGGAAGACUUACAAGAUCGGGCAGGCUCGGAGGCCACGGAGGCCACGGAGGCCACCAGGCAUGAAGGGGAUUUGUUGGAGGAAGAGGACGAGGAGGAAGAAGAUCUGUAUCAGGAAUUUCCCUCUCACGCGGAUUUGGCUUCGCGAUUCGCCAAAACGCUUUAUCUCGGUUCCAAGGCCGUUGUCCUUGAGCGAGACAGCGAAGACACGGAGGACGUCACCGAAGCGGCUUUCCGCGUCACUCAAGCCCUUACCGAAUUGUGCGUCGAGGAAUUCGGCCGAGAUCACCCGCAAGCCGGACUUAAUCGACUGUGCCUCCAACGGGCCGCGGAAAUCACCUCCGUUACCUCCCCCACGCCCACCGCCCUCCUCCUGGCCUUGCUCUACCUCGAUCGCCUUCGACAGAAGAACCCCGGAUAUCUCCAUCGCAUUUCCGCCACAGAUCUGUUCCUAGUAUCUAUGAUGGUUGCCUCCAAGUACCUUUAUGACGAUGGUGAAUCCGAGGAAAUCUUUGUAGAGGAAUGGGCCACGGCUGGAAAGAUGGAAAAACGCGAUCUCCAUGACCUUGAAUUUGCCCUCUUGGAUGCCUUAGAUUGGUCAAUCUAUGUGAACCCGCCGGAUUUUGAACGCUUAGCCGAAAACGUAGAAUCCCGCAUUGCCGCCCGUGAAGUGGCCAAGCGUGGAUGGGCUUCGUACACGGACCUCGUGGUUCUGACUCGACACUUACCCAUGGUUAAAGUCUGGGAAAUCGUUGCCGAAUGCACCUUGAAGGUUACGGCAGUGUGCGCCAGCGCCUACGCGGCCAGUAUCCUGACCAUGAUGAGCACGGUUUGGCUUCUGAACAAGUCACCCUUGGGACACACCGCUCUCCAAGCGUCCCUUUGUUCUUCCAACCCUGUUCUUGUGACCCCCUCACCUAAUCCCGCCGCCUUCAACUUCAGUGAACCACUGGAUCCUUCCCCUGAAGAUGAAUCCCCUCAGCUUCAUAUGCUGACUGAGGUUCUGAAGGCGUCGGUGAUCGUGGCCUCGACCUUCGCUUCCCAUACUCGAACAGGUCAUGCGACGAAUCUCAAAAGCUCCAACCCCGAUGACGACCCAACCAAUUCUGCCUACGAUCAUGAGAAUGGUGCUUCAAAUGAUGAGGACGAAGAAGAGCACUUCCAACGGUCGUGGGAUCUGGACGGUGGGAAUCUAUCGGACUUGAACCACCAUUCAACCUCUGUACUACUCAAGCCAUAUGGGGCGGAUGCCGAGCCUCCGGAUCCCUUUUCUCGGGCGCUUUCGUCGUUUCAAGUCCACUUAAAUACUGGCUUGAAGCUUCUGAGAAGGAAACCGAACAGCCAGUGUCCGUGGAGGAAGCUAUCGGUUUUUGGUGUGGAAUCACCUUAUUCUUAUGGAUUGUGGGGAUCGGUAUUCUAAGCAAAGAAGAAAACGUUUGAAAAAAAAAAAUCAAGACGCGUUAUAUUGUUGUAAUACAAGGGAAAUUUGUUCUCACCUCAAACAAUUAUCGAAACAGUUCCAGAAAUAUAAAUUCUUCUUCAAUGUC